AUGAUCUCUUGCUACGGUGGACUCAUCUUUAAUAAUACCAUCCCAGAUCAACACCAUCCGUGUGUACAACCUGUCGCCCUCGGCCGACCACAACGAGUGUGCCUCCAUCUUCAAUGCCGCGGGUAUCUACAUGAUCCUCGAUGUCAACUCCCCCUGAAGAACGGUGCCCUGAACCGCGCUGAGCCCUGGACCACCUACACCCCCGCCUAUUACGAGCAGGUGUUCGGGGUCAUCGAGGCCUUCAAGAACUUCGACAACGUUCUGGGAUUCUUCGCCGGUAACGAGGUCAUCAACGAGGAUUCCACCCUGACCACCCCCGCCUACGUUCGUGCCGUCGUCCGUGACAUGAAGCAGUACAUCGCCAAGAACUCCAAGCGUGCGAUCCCCGUCGGUUACUCUGCCGCGGAUGUCCGCCCCAUCCUGACCUCCACCGCCGCUUACUUCGAGUGCGACCUGAAGAACUCGACCGAGUCUCGUGCCGACUUUUUCGGUCUGAACUCCUACUCCUGGUGCGGUGACGCCACCUACCAGUCCAGCGGUUAUAAUGUCUUGACCGAGGACUUCUCCAACGCUACUCUCCCCGUGCAGGCUCUGUACGGCGAGGAGAUGACCCAGGCCUUCUCCGGCGGUCUUGUGUACGAGUGGACCGAGGAAGAGAACGAAUACGGUCUCGUUAAUGUCAACAACUCUGACACUGUCACCACCCUGAUCGAUUAUAAGAACCUCCAGGCCCAGUUCGCCAAGAUUGACAUGGACCGUAUCACCACCAGCAACAAGACCCAGACCAGCAUUAACCCUCCCGAGUGUGCCGCCGACCUGAUCACGGCCGAUGACUUCUACAAUUCCUGGGAUCUGCCCGCUGCCCCUUCCAAGGUUUCGGACUACAUCAAGAACGGUCUUCCUGAUGCGCCCUCCGGCUCCCCUGUCUCCGUCACCGGCAAGACUAUCAGCCAGAAAGUGUACGACUAUACUGGCAAGGAGAUCACCGGUGUCAAGUUCGUGGUUAAGAGCAAUGGUGAGGCCAACGCUCCCUCCCCCACCAACUCCGACUCUGGCUCCAGCACCUCCAGCACCUCCAGCACCUCUGCUUCGGCCUCCACCAGCACCGGUGCUGCUUCCAUCAAUAGUGCCCCCAUCGCCAUGACUGGUGUGAGCGGUUUCUUCAUGCUGCUCGCUUCUUUGCUGUAA